AUGGCGUCACAACCAGAAGUACACGCCAAUCGGUCCACUUCGCACGAUUCUGCCAUUCUCGCAACCCCAGAUGCGCAGAACAAUUUCGUACGAGGUUGGAACAAGUUGCCUUUGGAGCUAAGAAUUCACAUUCUGGAAUUCAACCUUAUCUAUAUUGCGCCCUACAAAGCCACCGAGGACGCAACAACGUCGAUCUUGCUACCAUACCUUCGUAUGACCAAAGAGAUUGCCGACUUGGCUCGCGAGAUUUACUUUAAAAAGAACGUUAUUUGCUUAGAAGUCAGACGGCAAGAUGGUAGGAGGCGCGCUCUUCGGUACCCACCUCCUCUUUCCAAUCGCUUCAUUCGGCGCCUGGAGGUCGAGCUAGCAUUCAUUGAUUUCGCUACCUCGCGAUUCUGGCCGAAGAUUCCGGAUCUGGCUUCAGGAAGAUACGGAUUCCCUAAUCUCCGAUUUCUUCACAUACAGCUGAUACUCUGGGGCCGGGGUGGGUAG